CUAAGGUGCGUGGUUCGUGCCUGUCUUCUCAAAGAUCCCAAAUACUCAAUAAUCAUGUCGGGACGCGGCAAGGGUGGUAAAGUAAAGGGAAAGGCAAAGUCUCGUUCGAGCAGAGCCGGACUGCAGUUCCCAGUUGGGCGUAUUCAUCGAUUGCUACGCAAAGGAAAUUACGCUGAACGUGUAGGUGCUGGAGCUCCAGUCUAUUUGGCUGCAGUCAUGGAGUAUCUGGCUGCUGAAGUUUUGGAGUUAGCUGGAAAUGCCGCUCGUGACAAUAAGAAGACCAGGAUCAUCCCUCGUCAUCUGCAGCUGGCCAUACGUAAUGACGAAGAAUUGAACAAACUGCUGUCUGGAGUUACGAUCGCUCAAGGUGGCGUCCUGCCUAACAUUCAAGCAGUUCUGCUACCCAAGAAAACCGAGAAGAAGGCGUAAAGCAUCGAUUCUACCAACAUACAAACAAUCGGCCCUUUUCAGGGCCAC